CUGGAUCUUACUAACUCACACAAACAUGGUGUUGGAGUUGCUUUCUCCACCCUGCGAGCUUCCCGUUGUGGACCUCUCAGGCGAAAGGGCAGAGGUGGCAAAGGUCAUUGUGAAAGCGUGCGAAGAGUUCGGUUUCUUCAAAGUGAUAAACCAUGGUGUGAGACAUGCAGUCGUAGCUGAAGCUGAAGAAGAAGGCUUUACUUUCUUUAAGAAACCCAUGGCACAGAAGAACCUUGCUGCACCUGCUUAUGGCUGCAAGAACAUUGGCUUCAAUGGGGACAUGGGAGAGGUCGAGUACCUUCUAUUCGCUGCCAACACUCACUCCAUUGCCAACAUAUCCAAAACUACAUCAACCUUCAGGUGUAGGUUGAGUGCAUACAUAGAGGCAGUGAGGGAGGUGGCAUGUAAGAUAUUGGAGCUAAUGGCAGAGGGCCUGGGGGUCCCUGAUAAAAUGUUUUUCAGUAGGUUCAUAAGGGAUGUUGAAAGUGACUCAGUAAUGAGGCUCAAUCACUACCCACCAGACAAGUCACAAUAUAGCAAGGUUGGCUUUGGGGAGCAUUCUGACCCUCAGAUCUUAACCAUUCUCAGAUCCAACGACGUGGGUGGCCUCCAAAUCUCCCUUCAACAUGGACUCUGGAUCCCGGUCACACCUGAUCCCUCAGCUUUCUAUGUCAACGUGGGUGAUCUACUACAGGUUAUGACAAAUGGGAGAUUUGUGAGCGUUCGGCACAGGGCUAUGACAGAGUCACACUACAAGUGUAGAAUGUCGGUGGCAUAUUUUGGGGCUCCACCUCUGCAUGCAAGGAUUGUUGCUCCCUCAGUUAUGGUUACACCCCAGAGGCCCUCUCUUUUCCGACCAUUCACUUGGGCCGAGUACAAGAAAGCCACAUACUCUCUCAGGCUUGGAGACACACGCAUUGACCUUUUCAGAAACCCUAAACUCUAGUUUGUCUUGUCAUGCUACCUUUUGCCAUGUUUUCCUAUGCUUGUCUAAUUGUGUCAACACUUUUUGCAUGGGUUGUGGUAGAAGUCGACUCGACAACGGUUACAAAAGCUACUAUGUUUCUAAUUGCUAUUUUCAUUUUGUUUCUUAAUUUAUAAUUUAUAAU